CACGCUCAUCAUCCGGCACCGCCAUUGUAUGCAACGUCAAAGGGAUUAUUCAACAUCAGCUGGGCAAGAUGCAUGUGAUAGUUGAUCAACGAAAUGCUGAUCAUACGUGAUCCUUUACAACAACUGCCUCCUACCACCUGGGGCUGCUGCCUGUGGGGCGAAACCCCGGCCAGAGGUCAGCUCUCCACCUGCGAAACCUGCGAGCAUCAUCACCACAAGAUGUCGUGAGAUUGAGUUCCACGAUGUGGAGCAAAACACAUGGCAAUAUCCAGAUGGGGAGAUUCCCUCUUUCUGUGGCGCAGUCGGAUCGACCGCCCGCCCUACGAGCCACGAAAAGCACCCUCGUCGCUCCAGGCUUCAGUCACGCCAAGAAGCUGACGCCACGACCUGGGGCUCCGGAAUCUCACCUCAUGCAAAGGAUUCGCUGCAGCCACUCUGGAUAUAGAGCGCAGCAGUACACAGUCCGAUGGAAAACCACGAGUCCGAGCGCACGGCUGCUCCCUCACGAUACCUGCGCCUUGCCCUGAAUUAUUUCAUAAAAGCCAGUCAUCACUCGAUGUUCACUUAUGUCAAUGGCAUCUCAAGUGACCUCCAUUUGCAGAUAUCAAAAACAUCAGAAGCUUGUCCGUUUUGCGAGGAACAAACUCUCUUUUUCAAUAACAACAUCUCUGGACUCCAUUUUUGAGAAAAUUUAAUUGAGCAACCAUGGCAGCCAAGCUUUCUUUGUUGUCGCUUUGCGCCAUCUUGGCCACGGCACCUAUUGGCUCCUGUCAAGUUUCAGAAGAGAUCAUGUCCGAGACCGACAGUGUUGGAUAUUUUGAGAUCCUCAGCGAACCAAUCGACGCCAAAGACGACGCAAAUGCCACGGGCAUCAUAAACCUCGAUGGGUACAAUUUGACCAUCGCGGUGGUAGCCGACCUCCCCAUUCCGAACUCCACAAACACCACCAUGGCUACUGUCAUCUCUCUCGAGAUGGAACCGGCUCUCACCAACCUCACAACCUGCAUCAGCGUAUUCCAGAGCCUCUCAGCCAACACGACCGCCGCAGCAAUUGGUCUCGAAUCCCAGGAUGGGUAUGGCUGUGGCUCAAUCUUGACGGACGAGUGCGUCUCGGACUUCGAAUUGGCGGUCAGUCAGACCAUCGUGGAGGACUGCAGCAACUCAAUGCCAUCCAUCCCAGACAGCUGCAGGGAUCAGUUUGGCGAUGUUACUGUCAACAGUGCGCUUUCUAUUGAAUCUGCGGAUGAGCAGAUCAUCUGGCAGGACGGCUCAAUACCCGCCCCUCCAGGCAAUGAGACCCUGUGGUUGGCGGCCGCCACCAACAUAUGGCCCGUCUUCGUCACUCCCGUCAUGGUUGGGAACAAUGGGUCAACGUUCACGGCUGUGACCUCCCUCAGCUGCCUCCGACCGGACACUUUCAAGGAGGGGACGGUGAGGCCAUCUGCAGCGCCGAACGGGACUGAGUCUGGCGGUGCUGGCCCGACCGGAACAGGGACUACUGCUGGCGCGACGCCCUCUCCCACCAAUGCUGCAUCGCAAGCUGGUCUCACGGCUGCGGCUGUUGUACUUGGGCUUAUCUUCAAUGCGGCCAUGCUGUUCAUGUGAAGAGGCGGACCUCCACAGUCAUUUAAAUAACCAUUCCUGUCCAAAUAUUGCUUCAUUCUGUCUCACCACUGCUUGUUCAUGCUGUCAACACUAAACAAUCCACCCUUGUCGUCGUCCCUUUAUCACGC